AUCUGCAUUUGUACAAAUCAAUUUUGCCAAUUUUUGGCACUAGGCAGGGACUCAUGCUGCCUCACAGCUCUUGUUUUACACCCUAUUCAAUUUUGCGGAGUGUGCUGGAAUUUGCGGUCUGUAAAUCAAGCUGAAGAGGGCGGGUGCCUGCGACUGCAUCCAUAACCUUCACACUCUGCGGAUAUAUACUCAUAAAUCUAUCCACAAUAGGGCGUCCCUCCUUUUCACAUUGCACAUUAAGUCAUCUAACGAACAGAAGUUAGUUACAAGGAAGAAGAAGCAGAUAAAUGUAGUGAAUAUCGAAGCAGAACUACAGAGGGGUUGGAGCACUGCUGAUUGCAGUCAUGGCGAAACGAGAGCUAUCUACCACUCUGAAGAACCUCAAGUUUAUGCAAAGAGCACGCGAAAAAGAUGAGAUAAUGAAGAAAGAAGAAGAAGAAGAAAGAAACAACAAAAUAAUUUCCCCAGCAAGUGGAAACAAAAAAUGUGUGGUAAUAAUGGAAGGGGAUCCGAAACCAGAAGCAGUUUCAGGGCGAAUGUCAUUUCAAAAUUUCAAUCCGUCUAUUGAUAAACUGAAUGAACACAAGGAAACUCACAAGCAUAGGUUGUUCGCUGUAAGCAGAGCAGAUGGAAAUGAAGUGAACAUUAGCAGAGAAAAUGAGGCAUCAGAGUAUGGAAACGAUGAGUUAAACAAGGACCAAGAAAAUGAUGUUCCAGAAGAUCUUAAAAGAAAGAAACAGAGAGUAGAUGAAGAUGCACGAGGCUCAUAUUCAUCCCCAAGGGAUUCUACACAACAUGAUGAAAGUCAAUCCUCCUCAGACAAGGGGAAAUACAAUAGGCAGGAACGGGGCAAAUUAGAUUGGAGAUUGUUAAGGCCACCAUUGGGCCGUGCAAAGCGAUCAUAAUGACCCUAUUUGGAUCUUGGUUUGAAAGGUGAUGUAUUUUCAACUUAAUCUCUCUUAACAAUUUGUGGUUUCAUACCCAUUUCCAACAAGAAAAGACGGGCCAUUGAAAAUUUAUUUUUAUAUCAAUGUAUGUCUGUAAUGAUUUGUUAUGCACGGAAUUGCCAGUAAUCCACAGUUAAGCUCGUAGCUUUGAAAUGGAUUGUGGUCAUAUUGUCUGAUUGAUAUAUUCUGUGGGUUUGAGUUUGUGGCCAAAGUACGUCACUAUGAAAGGAAUGUUGAAGCAAAUGUUUUCUGUAAAUGUAUGCAUAUACAUUAUUUUCUACACUUAUGAAUGCAAGCUUUGACCUGCAAAUCUUCUGGUUAUAAUAAUCUUUGGAUAUUCUGACAGAUUGAUACAUUAUAUGGAUAUUAAGUUUGUCAUCAAUUUUAAAUAUUGCAGAAGCCUCAAAUGUA